AUGUCGAAUAUCGAGAGUAUUAACGAGCGCAGCAGCAGGUCUGCCGCCACCGAAGAAGAUGGCAACGACCAGAUCGGGUUUGAGACUCCUCGCUCUGGCGUGGCCACGCCGCAACCGGAUCUUCACGACAAGCGGCUACCGGGCAUCAUGAGCUACUUCAAUCAGGUUCGUGCACCGUCUUUUAGGCGUAUCUUGUCAGGCACCUUUAUGUCAAGCGCACAAGCAGAGGCUCCGCCUUCCGACAGCACACCUCGGAGGGACGAGUCACCCCAGAGUGCAUCUCCGUCACAAGUUCCAGUCACACCCGUUGAGCCGGCCUCCCGCGGUGUUUCCCUCGACGACGGUCCUCCUCUUCUCCCGCACGAGAGGUUGGAACCGGCGCCUGAGAAGCAACCGCCCGGAACCAGCCGGCUCCAUCCAUAUCCAACACCCCCGGCGUCGCAGUGCCCUUCGCUACGAGAGGCCAAGACAAGUGGCUCGAGUGGCGAGGGCGAGACAUUGGGAACUAUGCACCCUGCACUUGCACUGAGCCUGCACAGGAGGAGCAAUCCGGAUCUGACCGGCCCACGGGGCCGCAGAUCUUCACUUCUUGCUCCUCUAACGAGUGCGAUCACUCAGUCUACUGUGCUUGCAAACCACAUCUCUAACCCCACAACUCGCAAUGCACAUACUACCCCAAGCUCUCCAACAAGUUCACAAUUCCUCCCGGUGAAGGAACAAGAUAUACCUACUGAGUCUACUUCCAUUGAACAACUGAAGAAGCUAACAGACAUGGCGGGGAUAAAGAGCGGCCAGUCCACUCCACGGUCGCUUUCGACCGCCCAACCAACCCGAGGCGACUCGAACGAGGACAGUAGCAACGGACGCGGUUCCGGGGAUCGCACCGCUACCCAGACACCGACACCGGCUGGGAUGACCGCCCCUGCGCCCCGGGGAAAACUCACUAUUAAGAUUGGUGAAGCCAGGGGACUUCGGAAGGCACGCGAUCCAUACAUUGUUGCUGUAUUCCAAAGGUCUGAACUUAUUUCUGGUGGACCUCGCUCGUCGGAGGAUGUGGAGGAGAGCGCGAUCGCGAAUGUGGCUAUGGGAGGCGUCCCCAUCCAACGCCAGGGAAGUGACACUGGUCGGCCUAUGGCCAUCCCCAUGCGAAGCCGGCAGAGCAGCAACACGAGCAUCACAGACUACAACACCUUCCGGUCUCGAAGCUCUCGUCGUUCCUUCACAAACCCAAAGUGGGACGCCGAGGCGGUCUUUGAUGUCGUUGAUUCGGACUAUCAUGUCGACAUAUCCAUCUACGACCAUGGAGCCAAUGGAGAAGAUUUCCUUGGCCACGUUGAUUUCCAUGCCAAACUGUCGGAGAGCGAAGGACCUGUCCGAGGUUGGUACCCCUUGACGGGACACGCCGACACCAUGGCGGAGAACGCUCCGACAGGCGAAAUAUACGUUGAGUCUUUCUAUCAGAGGACCGACCGGAAGCACUAUGGCCCGGAUGACUUUCAGAUCCUGAGACUCAUCGGCAAGGGCACGUUCGGCCAGGUCUAUCAGGUUCGAAAGAAGGACACGAAGCGGAUCUACGCUAUGAAGGUGCUAUCCAAGAAGGUCAUUGUCCAAAAGAAGGAGGUGGCGCACACUGUUGGUGAGCGUAACAUUCUGGUGCGGACGGCCACCUCGGACUCGCCUUUUAUCGUCGGCCUGAAGUUCUCGUUCCAAACGCCGUCAGAUCUUUAUUUGGUAACGGACUACAUGUCUGGUGGCGAACUGUUUUGGCACUUGCAGAAGGAGGGCCGGUUUGACGAAAACAGAGCCAAGUUCUACAUCGCCGAGCUGAUCCUCGCCAUUCAGCACCUUCAUAACAACGACAUCGUCUAUCGCGACCUGAAACCCGAGAAUAUCCUCCUUGACGCCAAUGGGCACAUCGCGCUCUGCGAUUUUGGCUUAUCCAAGGCCAACCUGACCAAGAACGAUACCACCAACACAUUUUGUGGCACCACCGAGUACCUCGCUCCAGAGGUUCUCCUGGACGAGGCCGGCUACACAAAAAUGGUUGACUUCUGGUCUCUUGGAGUCCUAGUGUUCGAGAUGUGCUGUGGAUGGAGUCCCUUCUAUGCGGAGGACACACAGCAGAUGUACAAGAACAUUGCUUUUGGCAAGGUUAGGUUCCCCAAGGACACCCUCUCGGUUGACGGUCGCAACUUUGUCAAGGGGCUUCUUAACAGGAACCCCAAGCACCGAUUGGGCGCCAUCAGCGAUGCCGAAGAACUGAAGCAGCACCCCUUCUUCAAGGACAUUGAUUGGAACGCGCUUUCCAACAAGCUGAUCACCCCUCCGUUCAAACCAAAGUUGAAGUCCGAGACGGAUGUCUCGUAUUUCGACCCGGAAUUCACCAAUGCCCUCAACACAAAUGGAUCACUCAACGAACGGGCUGCUGCCCUGGCUCGCGGCUUUGCCACCUCAACUCCUCUCUCCCCGUCAGUGCAAGCCAACUUCCAAGGCUUCACCUUUGUCGACGAGAGCGCCCUAGACGAUCACAUGAAGGAUCGCUACCGGUAUGAGGACGAGGAGAUGAAUGACGUGCGAACCAAGGAAGACGACGACUGGGAUGAUCUCGAAGAUGUGGAUCCUCGCAAGGCAAACCGCAUGAGCGGCAUCGAGCGAACCACGACUAAUGACGAGCACAUGUUCGGUGGCUCAAUUGACAUGUGA